AUGUCUGUUAUUAGGGAAUUGAGUCAUUAAAAAAGAAAUGUGGUUUUAGAGUUGUUUGGAACAUCUAAAAGAAGAAUCGAAUUAAAAGAAAAUGUGUAAUCGCCUAUUAAUCGACUAUCCAAACGAUUUAAUUAUCCAUAAUCAAGCAAUGCUAGUAAAUUAUUCUAAAUCCUCAAACAGACUCCUUCAAUUUAAUAAUCAUCAUUUAAGUCUUCAAAGAAAAAUAACGAAAGCACAGGACUAAAUGAAAGCUAUUGUCGAAAAGUAUCAAUUUUUCUUAAAAUAGAAAAUAUUGAAUAUUGAUAUUUAAGAGCCGAGAACCUAUAUAAGAUAAGUUAUUUCUCCCUAUCGAGAUUUUCGAUCAUAAGUCUCAUUUGAUCAUGCUCCUUAAACAUGUAUGGCUGCCCCUCGAAAAAUUAGUCAACCUUAAUAACUUAAUUUACAAAAAAAUUCUGUUCGAAGAUCCAAUAGUUUCAGAGAUCUUUUCAAAAGUUAAAUUACAUUUGGUUGA